ACUUGUAUUUUGAAAAGCGUCACAGAUGGAAGCCAUAUGUGGGGAAAUGUUCGCGUCACUUCAACUACCACCUCACGUAACAGUAUAGCUGCUAGCUAGUGAAAACAGAUUAUUUUCAUUAAAUAUGUAUUUCGAAAAUCAACGGUUUUUGUUUCAGGGUUCGGCGCUGUGGGUCAGCAGUACAUGAGCGAUUUCAGCACCAAAGAGCCCUCAAUUGUGCGGUUAUUAUCGGUUUCAGCUGUCUAAACAGGCUAACAGUAAGACACAUACCAGUCUUUGCUUCUCAAUGAUGAGCUCUCAAAUAGAUAAACAGUGAAAUAUCUAAGACAUAAACGCACACAGAAGCAUGGACGAAAAAUACAGCAGUAAUGUCAUCUCAGGUGGGAAGCUGGGACGAGUUGAGACUCCAGAUGCCAGACUGACCCGGUACAUAGUAUUACUCUACUUUACCAAGCUGCUGAAGGCUUUUGGGAUAUUUGAGUCAUAUGAUCUCCUUAAAGUUGUGCACAUUGUACAGUUUCUCUUUAUUUUGAAAAUGGGGUGUGCAGUGAUACUGGUUUUCUUUCAAAAGCCAUUUUCAUCUGGAAGAAUGAUUCCUAAGAGACAGUGGAUUAAAAUCCUCAAGCAUGCUGUCAUGAGCUGUGUCAUCUCCCUGUUGGGUUUCUUUGGGUUGACACUCUGUGGACCACUCAGGACCCUUUUGCUGUUUGAGCACAGUGAUCUGGUGGUGAUCUCUCUCCUCAGCGUUCUCUUCACCAGCUCUGGAGGGGGACCUUCUAAGACGAGGGGUGCUGCUUUCUUCAUAAUUGCUGUGAUCUGCCUAUUGCUCUUUGAUAAUGAUGAUCUCAUGGCAAAAAUGGCAGAGCACCCCGAGGGACACCAUGACAGUGCUCUUACCCAUGCGCUGUACACAGGAAUUGCAUUUUUAGGUGUGGCGGACCACAAGGGUGGAGUGGUUCUUCUGGUUCUAGCUCUGUGCCUGAAGGUGGCCUUCAACACAGCAUCUAGAAAAUUGUCAGUGGAUAUUGGGGGCGCAAAACGCCUUCAUGCUUUAUCUAGCCUGGUGUCAGCUGUAGUUCUACUGCCCUGGGUCAUAGUGCUGUCUGCGACCACUGAGAGUAAGGUAGAAUCCUGGUCUGGCCUCAUCUUGCCAUUCGCCAUGAUCAUCUUCUCUGUGAUGAUACUGGACUUUUACGUGGAAUCCAUCUGCAUGGCAAAGCUGGAAACCUCACGCUGCGCUCGAUAUGGCUCCAUCUUCCUGUUCCUCAGCGGCCUGCUGCUGGCAAACUUCUGGACCCACCCGCUAACCGACCAGCUCAGAGCCGUGAGUAAGUCAGUCCAGCAGAGUAGCACUGAGCAUGUGCUAUCAGGUGGAGUCCUGGUCAGCGCCUGCUUCUUCAUCAUGGCUGAUAGCAUACUGUCAGCCCCAUCUUCAAAGGGUCAGAAGGGAACAUUGGUGGGUUAUUCCCCUGAAGGAACUCCUCUGUACAACUUCAUGGGAGAUGCGCUCCAGCACACAUCCCAGUCUCUGCCUCGCUUCAUCAAAGACUCGCUCAAACAGAUCCUGGAGGAAUAUGAUUCACGGCAGAUCUUCUACUUUCUAUGUCUCAACCUGGCCUUCACAUUUGUGGAGCUCUUCUAUGGUGUGUGGACCAAUAGUCUGGGGCUGAUUUCUGAUGGAUUCCACAUGCUGUUUGACUGCUCGGCUUUGGUUCUGGGGUUGUUUGCUGCCCUCAUGACCAGGUGGAAAGCGACCAGGAUAUAUUCCUAUGGGUAUGGUCGUGUGGAGAUCCUCUCUGGGUUUAUCAAUGGCCUGUUCCUCAUGGUCAUAGCUUUUUUUGUGUUUGUGGAGUCAGUCACCAGACUCAUCGAUCCACCAAACAUCAACACAGACAUGUUAACACCGGUGUCGGUUGGUGGACUCCUCGUUAAUCUGGUGGGCAUCUGUGCCUUCAGUCAUGCACACUCCCAUGGGGCCUCCAAAGGUAGCUGCUCUGGGCAUGACCACGGCCACUCACACCACGGGCACGGAAGUGGAGAACACAGCCAUGGAGGACAUGGACAUAGUCAUGGAGGACACAGUCACUCCCACGGCCACGGGCAUUCCCACGGGUCUGCUGCAGCGGGAAUGAAUGCUAAUAUGCGAGGAGUGUAUCUGCAUGUGCUUGCUGACACGCUGGGCAGUGUCGGUGUGAUUAUAUCCACUAUUCUCAUCAGACAGUUUGGAUGGCUGAUCGCAGAUCCUAUUUGUUCGCUCUUUAUUGCCACACUGAUUUUUCUCAGUGUCAUUCCUUUGUUAAAGGACGCCUGUGAGGUUCUUCUCCUGAGAACGCCACCUCAGCAUGAAAAGGACCUUAACUUUGCACUUGAAAAGAUUCAGAAAAUCGAAGGUGUUUUAUCCUACCGUGAUCCACACUUCUGGAGACAUUCCGCCAGUGUUAUUGCUGGAACCAUCCAUCUCCAACUCAUGUCUGAUGUAGUGGAACAGCGAGUUAUUCAACAGGUGUCUGCCGUGUUGAAAGAUGCCGGUGUUAACAAUCUGACUAUUCAGUUGGAAAAAGAAGCCUACUUCCAGCACAUGUCUGGCCUAAGCACUGGAUUCCAUGAAGUUCUAACCAUGACACUACAGAUGGAGUCCAUUAAAUAUUAUAAAGAUGGCACAUGUAUCAUGUAAACUUCUGUUUUAACACACAGAAAUAAAGGGAUUUAAGGUGUAAUUUUUCUUUUUUUUUUUUUUUUUUUUUAAAUAAAAAAUGAACUUAUUUUAUGAUGUCUACGACAGUUUCUGUCUUUUUCCUAACUGUUAUAAACACAAUAAAAUAUUCUAUUAUGA